CUGGCUUUUCCACCCUUUUAAAGCGUUUCGGACCCAUAAGUUUUUAGCCCUAAGAAAAAACCUAGUAAUUUUGAAAAUUUUCACUCCCAUUAUUGCUAACAAAUUGCCAACGCGUCUUUGUACCUAUUUACCAAAUAAAUCAAAACUUGUGUGAAAAGUCUCCUCUUUUGUUUGAUCAAAAUUGAAAAGUCUAAUGUGGAAUCAAUACUACCGUUUGGGUAAUCCAAACGACUGCGCCAUAAAUACCGGUUAUGCUACUGUGCGGUGAGCUGCGCGGUUCCCCAUUACUCAACUGUCAAGUUAACAGCGUUUUUAACUCGUCCCACUCGCCUUACGUCGCGCUGCUUGCGUUGGCACGAGGCAUGGCGGCCUCCCACCUGAACCAAGAGGCCGCCGAGGACGUUUUCCUCGAAAAUGGUCUUUUGAGCUACGAGAAUCCCAACUAUCAUCAACUUGGACCUUCCAAAAGGAUCGAUGAUGCAUUGAAUUCGAAUACUGAUAAUCUUUACGAGGAUAUUUAUCAGGAGUUGGACGAUAUUUGCAAUAUGGGGCAUGGAGGAAAUAAAAUUAAUACUGCCAGUAGAAAGACUUAUGCGGCAUUGGAUGUUGAAUCUAUGGGGGUUGAUGUUAAUACUGGACCGGCAAAUUUAAUAGACAAUAGAAGGGAUCUUGAAUGGAACGGAAACACUGAUACAAUUGAAAGGGACAAAAAUAAUAGCACAACUAUUUGGGACAAUAUUUGCCAGAAACUGGGCACCCAAAAUGAAGAUUUGAUCCCGCACAUAGUGGGAGGUCUCAACAAUGAUCUCUACGCCAUCCCAGUCAAAUUCAACAAAUCCUCUCCACCUGAAAAGUGCAACGAAAUCCAGGAAUGGGACAAGGAAAUCUUACCUCCUGGCUGGGAAAAGCACGAAGACAACGACGGACCAUAUUAUUGGCACAUCAAAAGCGGUACCAUCCAAAGGGAAAUGCCAUCAGCAUCAGAAAAACAAGACAAAAAUUUCAAAGAAAGAGCAGUAACUAGAAGUAGUACUAGUUCAGCAUUGGACUUAGAUGCAGACAAAAGGAAAGAGGAGCUAGCGUUGAAAAGACGCAGCUUUCCGUCCAAGCCCGAGCCAGAAAUCAAGGAAAGACCGAUAAGAUUUGCCGUAAGGUCUUUGGGUUGGGUGGAAAUUGCCGAAGAUGAUUUGACUCCUGAGAGGAGUAGCAAAGCUGUAAAUAAAUGUAUAGUGGAUUUAUCUUUAGGGAAAAAUGAUCUUUUAGAUGUUGUUGGUAGAUGGGGAGAUGGUAAAGAUUUAUUCAUGGACCUAGAUGAAGGAGCAUUGAAAUUGUUUGAUCCAGAGAAUCUUACUGUAUUGAAUACUCAGCCAAUACAUACUAUAAGAGUUUGGGGCGUUGGUAGAGACAAUGGACGGGAUUUCGCUUAUGUAGCCCGAGAUCGUACCACAAGAAAACACAUGUGCCACGUGUUCAGGUGCGACAUGCCAGCGCGUACCAUCGCAAACACUUUGCGCGACAUUUGCAAAAAAAUCAUGAUCGAGCGCAGCCUACAGCAAAACUUAGGCAAAGCCAUACAUGUAGAUUCAAAUGGUAGAAGUGUGGCAACCAGACCCAGCAAUUUGCCAAUGGAUCAUCGUAGACCUGCCAGAAAUAGUCAGAUAUUUGUUUCUCAAUCGUUUCCAACUCCAAUGGAGGAGCCCAAAAAGGUGCUUAGAGCUCAAUAUUUGGGCUGCGUGCAAGUGUCGCAGGCCACUGGAAUGGAUGCCCUAAAUGAGGCAAUCGACCGAUUGGGCACCGACAAAUGGCAACCGGUUAACAUAUCAAUCGCACCCUCAAUGAUAUCGGUACACCAUCCAACAGACGACAGAUUGUUGGCGGAAUGUCGCGUCCGGUAUUUGUCGUUUUUGGGUAUCGGCAAAAACAUCAAGCAUUGCGCGUUCAUUAUGCACACGGCUCAGGACACUUUUAUGGCUCACGCUUUCUAUUGCGAACCUUCGUCGGGGGCUCUUUGUAAAACCAUAGAGGCCGCUUGUAAGUUAAGGUACCAGAAAUGUUUGGACGCGCACCCGCAAGGGGUUGGAUGUGGUACCAACGCCGUCAGUACUCCGGGUACCGGUAUCGGAGCAGCACUGAAAAGCAUCGUCGGUUCGCUCAGAGUACCAGGCUGUACGACAGCGAAAAAAGACGAAAUCCUAGCAAAACUACAAAAAAUAUCUAACACAGUCAAAGAUGUGGAUACGGAAAUUUGCUAUCACGUAGAAGUUCUCAAACCCCUAACGGACAAGGAAACUAAAACUUUGAAAUGGGUUUUGCAAGAGUCUCUUUUGCCUGGAAAUCUAUCCACCAAGGAGCAUUUAAUCCCACAAACAGGCAAACUACUCAUAGAAGUUGGUCCAAGAUUCAACUUUUCCACAGCCAACUCCACCAAUGCAGUUUCGAUUUGUCAAAACUUAGGCCUAUCACAAGUGAUUAGAUUAGAAGCUUCUAGAAGAUAUUUGAUUACAACUUCUGGCAAAGAAUUAGAAGCAAGUUUAGCUAAGGCCCUCCAUGACCGAAUGACCGAAUGUCUUUACACCAAAGACAAUUUACCAAAAAACAGCUUCAAUGAAAAACUGAUUAAAAAAGAGAAUCUCAGAGAUGUUGAUGUAAUGGGCAAAGGUGCACAAGCCCUCAAAGACAUUGAUAAAGAAUUAGGCCUGGCUUUUGAUGAAGCAGAUUUGGCUUACUAUACAAACCUUUUUAAAAACAUCCUAAAAAGGAACCCAACUAAUAUUGAAUGUUUCGAUUUGGCUCAAUCUAAUAGUGAGCACAGCAGGCAUUGUGCCAUCAGAGGUUACAUCCAUCGCAGCCUAAGACCAGCAGCCGCAGGCUCCGUAAGCGAACUACGUCAAGUACCAUCAGAGUCCCACCUAAUUUUCACCGCAGAAACGCACAAUUUCCCCACCGGAGUGGCACCGUUUAGUGGCGCCACUACAGGUACCGGAGGCCGGAUCAGAGACGUACAAAGCGUUGGCAGAGGAGGCUAUUGCAUCGCUGGUACUGCCGGGUACUCAGUAGGCAACCUCCACAUACCCGACUACAACCUCUCUUGGGAAGAUCCCAGCUUUGAAUAUCCUGCAAACUUUGCCCCACCUUUAGAAGUGCUUGUUGAAGCAAGUAACGGGGCUUCAGAUUAUGGAAACAAAUUCGGUGAACCAUUGAUUAGUGGUUUUGUAAGGUCUUAUGGACUUGUUGAUGCAAAUGAACGCAGAGAAUGGAUCAAACCUAUAAUGUUUAGUGGAGGAAUUGGAAGCAUGGAAGCAGAUAUGACUGAGAAACUUGCUCCACAAGUUGGCCAUCAAAUAAUCAAAAUUGGAGGCCCAGUAUACAGAAUUGGAGUAGGAGGUGGAGCUGCUAGUUCAGUUGAGGUGCAAGGCGACAACAAAGAAGAACUAGAUUUUAAUGCUGUCCAAAGAGGAGAUGCUGAAAUGGAAAACAAACUAAACAGAGUUGUAAGGGCUUGUUUGGAAUUAGGCAAAAAGAAUCCUAUUGUUAGUAUUCAUGAUCAAGGAGCUGGUGGCAAUGGCAAUGUGCUAAAGGAGCUUGUAGAGCCUCAAGGAGGCAUCAUUUACGCUAACAGAUUUGAGCUUGGAGAUCCUACAAUAAACCUCUUAGAACUGUGGGGGGCAGAAUAUCAAGAAAACAAUGCCUUGUUGUGCAAAAAAGAAGACCUAGAAACUUUAAGGGUGAUUUGCAAACGAGAAAGAUGUCCAGUGAAUGUUGUAGGUGAAGUAACUGGAAGCGGAAGCGUGGAACUUGCCUCUGACGAAACCAAAAAUGUAGUACCUUUCAAUCUCAAACUGGACCACGUACUUGGAAAAAUGCCCAGGAAGGUUUUCAAGCUGGAGAGGAAAGUACCUGUGUUGGAACACCUAAAACUACCUGGAGCAAUUUCGAUUUUCCAAUGCCUUGAGAAGGUUUUGAGGCUGCCUUCUGUUGCAAGCAAAAGAUAUCUUACUAAUAAAGUGGACAGAUGUGUUACUGGUUUGAUAGCUCAGCAGCAAUGUGUAGGCCCCUUGCACACCCCUUUAGCAGAUGUUGCUGUGACUGCCUUAUCUCAUUUUGGAUAUGAAGGUAUAGCUUCAUCUAUUGGCGAACAACCAAUCAAAGGCCUAGUCAAUGUUGCAGCAGGAGCUAGAAUGUCUGUAGUGGAAGCUAUUAGUAAUUUAGUUUUUGCUAAUAUAAGUGACUUAAAAGAUGUAAAGUGCAGUGGUAAUUGGAUGUGGGCAGCAAAAUUACCUGGAGAAGGUGCGGCUCUUUACGAUGCCUGCAAAGCAAUGUGCCAACUGAUGUCAGAAUUGGGCAUCGCUGUGGAUGGCGGCAAGGAUUCUCUAAGCAUGGCAGCUAGAGUUGGAAAAGACACAGUCAAAGCACCUGGUACUUUAGUUGUGUCCACCUAUGCCCCUUGUCCCGAUAUAAGAAAAGUUGUCACACCUGACUUCAAAGCCCCAUCAAUGGGCAAACAAGGGGUACUACUUUUUGUUGAUCUAUCGCAUGAUGCUAAUCGCUUAGGUGGUUCUGCGUUGGCUCAAUGCUUCAAACAACUUGGUACUGAAGUACCAGACCUGCGCAGUGCCAAAGAUUUAAGAAACGCUUUUGCUGCUACUCAAGAAUUGAUCAGAGAUGGUGCUGUUUUAGCCGGACAUGAUGUCAGCGAUGGAGGACUAAUAGUAACAUUGCUUGAAAUGUGUUUUGCUGGUCUAUGCGGCAUGGAUGUUAAUAUAAAACACAGACAAGGCAAAUCAAUUCCGAUUUUAUUCUCAGAAGAAGUUGGAUGGGUUUUGGAGGUCUUAGAAAAAGACGUCGGACAUUGUUUGUCAGUUUUCCAAGGCUAUCAAGUGCCUGUAUUCGAUAUAGGCCGCAGUUGCGAGUACGGCAUUAAAUCCCAAAUAACAAUCCAAGUCAACAAUGCUUGUUUGGAAAGUACCGUUUUGCCAUUGAUGCGCAUGUGGGAAGAGACAAGUUACAAGUUGGAGUUGAGGCAAACUAGCAAAGAGUGCGCCGAUGCGGAGUUUGCCUCUUUGCCUCAACGCACAGGACCUAAAUACAAGUUAACAUUUGAUCCUGAUUUCGAUAAUGUAAUCAAAGAGGCCAAAAUACCUGUGGCUGUUAUAAGAGAAGAAGGCAUUAACAGUGAUAGGGAAAUGGCUGCUGCACUAGUACGGGCUGGAUUUAAAGUCUACGACAUUGCAAUGCAAGAUUUGUUAACUGGUGAAGCCACAUUGGAUAGAUUUAGAGGAGUAAUAUUUCCUGGUGGUUUUAGUUAUGCUGAUGUUUUGGGUUCAGCUAAAGGCUGGGCUGCAAGUAUCUUAUUUCAUGAUACAGUCAAGCAGCAAUUUACCAAAUUCUUCAAUCGUCCAGAUACUUUUAGCUUGGGUGUUUGCAAUGGUUGCCAACUCAUGGCCUUAAUUGGCUGGGUUGGUACCCCUUUGGAAACCGAAUACACUAUACCAGAUAUUACUUUGGAGCACAACAAAUCAGAGCGAUUUGAAUGCAGAUGGAGCACUAUUAAAAUCCAGAAAUCAAAAUCAAUUAUGCUUGAAGGCAUGGAAGAUUCUUCGUUUGGAGUAUGGGUUGCACACGGGGAAGGUCGUUUUGCCUUUAAAGAUUCUACAAUUUACAAUAAAUUGGUUAAAAACAAUUUGGUUGCACUGCGUUAUGUAGAUGAUAACAAUAUGCCUACAGAAGCUUAUCCAAUGAACCCCAAUGGUAGUGUUGAAGGUUUGGCAGGGGUUUGUUCGGACAAUGGUAGACAUUUGGCGAUAAUGCCGCAUCCGGAACGUUGUGCGCAACCUUUCCAGUGGCCUUACAUGCCUCCUGAUUGGAUUCACUACCAGAGGAGUCCUUGGGAGAGGAUGUUUAAGAAUGCUUUUGAUUGGUGCACCAAGAAUAAGUUCAACAAUGUUUACUAUUGAUUAUUUGAAACAUUCCUACAUUUUUUUUUUAUUGUUGUUAUAAAUAUAUAUAUUAUUGUAUUGA